ACUGUCAACAAAAAAUCAUCCUCCUUCGCAGAACCAAAGUUUUCUAUUUGUGUCUCGUGAAAAAUACUCAAAAAGGCGGAGAUCCUUCCGCAGGAUACAGCAGACCCCGAUCAGGACCGACCGAGCAAAAGGUGAACGCCGAGAAAAUGGAACCACCGAGUUUCCACCCGUGCGACGAAGCCGUCAUCUCCACCAACGAUGACGCGAGCAACUGCAAACGGUCCGCGGUGAAGCUGGGCUACUGGAAGGACGACUACAUCGCGCACUUUGUGCGCAACCCGGAUCGCAAGGCGCCCGAAAUAAACCGGGGCUACUAUGCCCGCGUCAAGGGUAUAGAGAUGUGCAUUGAAAAGUUUUUCAAGAAAACCGGAGACAAAUGCCAAAUCGUGAAUCUGGGCUGCGGCUUCGACACGCUGUACUGGAGGUUGCGGGAGGCCGGCCACAUGGUGACCAACUUCGUCGAGCUCGACUUCCCCAACGUUACCUCCCGCAAAUGUUACCAAAUCAAGCGAAACAAAGUGUUGCUUGAGAAAAUCCACGUCGAAGAUGGGGAAGUGCGCCUCAGCCCGACCGAUCUCCACUCUACCAACUACCACAUAGUGGGCGUGGACCUGCGCAACAUCGAGGAGGUGGCACUGAAGCUGCAGCAGUCCGAGAUCGACUACAGCGUGCCGACCAUCUUCCUCGCCGAGUGUGUGCUGGUGUACAUUGAGCCGCAGAACUGCCACAAUCUGCUGAAAUGGUUCGCGGCCAACUUCAAGACGGCCGCGUUCGUCAACUACGAGCAGGUCAACAUGAACGAUCGGUUCGGCGAGGUGAUGCUGAACAACCUGCGGCAGCGGGGCUGCAGCUUAGCCGGCGUCGAUUCAUGCGUAUCGCUCGACGCACAGAUUUCCAGAUUUCUGCAAUGCAACUGGCACGGUGCCAGGGCGUGGGAUAUGGUGCAGAUCUACCACAGCAUUCCCGCGUCGGAGCGCGCACGAACCGAACGGAUCGAGAUGCUGGACGAGGCGGAGCUGCUGGUGCAGCUGUUUCAACACUACUGCAUCUCGAUCGCCUGGAUAGGGGACCUGUUUCAGGACGUGGAGAUUACGGUGGAAAAGCAGCUUUCUUCGCUGAACAUAGACUAAACGCACGCGCUGCAGCAACAACAACAACAGGAUGAACAUUUUAAAAAGCCCCACCACACAUAUUAACGAUCGGAACUAAAAACAAAACGCCGAACCCCCUACAACCACCCUUCCAUCCUCUUUAUCCCCCUUUACCUCAGCACGUGGCGGUAGCGUCAACUUCUACAAUCAACUCUUUGUAAGAAUGAAAACACAACCGUAACGAUCUUUAGCACCUUUGAAUCGUAUUUUAAGCGUUUGUUGCACACGGUUCGUAUUAUUCGUAUCGGCCCCCCUUGCCCUACCUUACCCUUCUUAGGGCCAAUGGAACACGGCCGGACCGAUAGGACAGUCUCUACACGUUCAUUAAAGUGUGUGUACGUGUGUUGGUGGGUGACACACUCCACCACUCUUGCCCCUGAUGUCAUUCAUACCGUUGUAUCUCUGAUGUAGCAUAGUUUUCAACAACGAAAAGCAGCCAAAAAAUACCAUUCACCUCCUUUUUCAUCCCAUUAAUUGCCCUCCCCUCCCCAGCACCGGAAAAGAGACUGCACUGGCUGGUUCGUGGGAUUUUUUUUUGUAGAUAGGUUGGUAUAACAAAUUGGACAUCAUCUGCGCACACAGUCAAAUACAUCGAAUUUCUCGAAACAACUCGUUAAAUUUAAUAGAAAUCUAACGGAGUGGUGAUCCCGUGUUUAAAGCCCAUCCCUUCCAACAGCCCCAAAACCCCCCAUUUAAUAUUAUGAGCCAAGCAUCGGUCCCCCACCAAUACCUUCUGUACCCGCUGCAAUGUGGCAGUACAAAGAUGGCAGAAAAAAGGCAUUGGAAGUUUGUAGCCAAAAAAAAAAAACAUACAAAAUACAAGAAAACCUAAAAAUACAAAAAUCAGGAUCGAAACGUAGCAGGGUUCGGAAUUGGUCUCAUGUGUUCCUUACAUAGCAUUGUGUCUGCGAAUGUUGUGUUAUUAUUUAUUUUAAAUAAAGUAAUCUAAAUCAAA